AUGGCGCUGUGGUUUCUGGGCUCAGCGGAGGUGAAAAGAGGGGAAGAAGAAGAGAAAGGGGCGCGGCGGUGUGGGUUGUCGCCGGAGGUUGUGGUGAAGGGAGGUGGCUGUGGCGGUGCUGAGGUGAUGGUGAUGGAGGUUAUGGAGGUUAUGGUGAUGGUGAUGGUGAAGAAGAUGAAGAUGAUGAUGAUUUUAUUACAAACGAGUGAAGGAGUGAAAUUUAUUUGUGAAAAUCCACUAGAUGUUGUUAUUCCUUUUGUUAUCUCAUUUGAAGAACUCAAAUGUGUAAUCUGUGAAAAGAUUAAUUCUGAGAAGGCAAGAAAGAUAUCCUGUAUUCUAUACAGAUAUCCCGUACCGGUGUUUGGUGGAUUCAUCCAGUAUCAAACCAAAUAUGUGACGGACGAAGCGAGCAUGCAGGAUAUGUUUUCAAUGUAUAUUGGAAACCGGUCUCAGAUCUCGUUCCUCGAGUUGUAUGUUGAGUUUGAACAAUCUGAGGCUGACCAGAAUAUUCUACGGGAAGAGUAUAAUAGUGACAGUGAAGAAGAGUUCGAAAGCAACUACGAAUUUGUUGGUCCAGAUGGAGAUGAAGAUCAAGGCGACGGAACUAUGGCCCCAGAUGUGACAGAAGUGGCAAAUGCACUCGCAAACGAAGUGCCGUUUGAGGAGCCAUCAUUCAUGCAAGCGUUGGACUUGGAAGCCAUGCAUGCUCCGGAAUUUCCGGAAUAUAUGACUGCAGCAGAAGUUCCUAUUGUCGCAGAUGGUGAAUUUGCCAUUGGUGUGGAGUUCAGUUCCAGAGAAGCUGUUAUUAAGGCGAUAAAAGAGUAUACGAUACAACGAAGCGUGGACUACCGGGUGUAUGAGUCUGAGCCGUUGACAUUUUAUGCUAAGUGUACACAGUAUAGGUCAGGGUGUGAUUGGGUUAUCAGGGUUAGCUUGAUCAGCAGGAAGUACUGUUGGGUUAUAAGGAGGUAUAAUGGUAGCCACACCUGUACCAGAGCCACCAUUUCACAGGACCAUUCAAAGCUGGAUUCUAUCACAAUUGCAGAAGCAAUAAAGCCACUGGUUGAGGCUGACCCCUCCAUAAAGGUAAAAUCGGUUAUAGCAGAAGUGCAAUCGAAGUUCAACUACACCGUGAGUUACCGGAAAGCAUGGUUGGCUAAGCAAAGGGCAGUAGAGAAAAUAUUUGGUGGUUGGGAAGCCUCUUAUGAAGCGUUGCCUAUAUGGAUGGAGGCCAUGUGUCACAAGGAGCCAUCUGCUGUCGUCCAUUUUGAGACUAUGCCUGCAUAUCAAGGCGAUGACUUGGUGGGUGAUAUUCGGGUUCUGCAUCGUGUAUUUUGGAGUUAUUACCCUUGUAUUAGGGCAUUCAGACAUUGUAAGCCGAUUGUCCAGGUGGAUGGGACUCACUUGUACGGAAAGUAUAAGGGUUGUUUGCUUGUGGCAGUUUCACAGGAUGGCAACAACAAUAUCGCCUUGAUUGCGUUUGCUAUUGUGGAGGGAGAGACUUCUGAUGCUUGGCAUUUUUUCCUUAGUAACCUACGUCAACAUGUUGUAACUCGGGAUGGUGUCGGUCUAAUAUCGGACAGGCACGAGUCCAUCAAUGCAGCUGUGGAACGCAGUAACGGAGCUUGGUCACCUCCUAGAGCUUUUCAUAUGUUUUGCAUCAGGCAUAUAGAGUCGAAUUUUCUGAGAAAGUUCAAGGCCCCGUACCUCCAAAAAUUGGUCGUCAACAUCGGAUAUUCAAGGACGGUGCGGGAGUACGAAGUGCGUUACCAGCAGUUACGGGAACGUGGCGAAGCGUACACAAAUUGGUUAAACCGAAUUUCUCGCGAACAGUACGCAUUGGCCUUCGAUGGUGGGUACCGAUGGGGUCACAUGACGACAAAUCUAGUGGAGUGCAUCAAUUCAGUUUUGAAGGGUGCACGCAAUCUCCCGAUUACUGCUCUUGUGAAGGCAACAUUCUACAGACUAAAGGAGUUGUUCACCCGAAAAAGAACGGAGGCGGAAGCCCGGAUCAAUGCUGGCCAUAUGUUUUCUGAUAUCGUGACCUCGAAGUUGCAUGCAAACCAACUUGCAUCAGGAAACAUCCAGGUUAGUUGCUUUGACCGCCAAAAUGAGGUGUUUGAGGUUCGUGAGAUGACGAGCGGGCUAGAGUUUGCAGUUGAUCUACGUGGCCUUCGAUGUGACUGUGGUGAGUUCCAGGUGGACCGGAUCCCAUGCAGACAUGUGUUCGCAUGUUGUGCCAACCAGCGACUGGAUUGGCAACUAUAUAUGCAUGAUGUGUAUAAGAUGGACCAAGUGCGGCGGGUGUACCGAGCAAGGUUUCGGCCACUAGGCAAUCCUACCACAUGGCCAGCUUAUAAUGGACCUCGGUUCAUACCAAAUCCGUACCUGAGACGGGUCACGAAAGGUCGGCCCAGGAUGACGCGCUUUUUGAAUGAGAUGGACACGCGGAUGUUACGUUGUCCCAGGCGAUGUACGCUAUGUGGGGCUGAGGGACAUAGUCGUAGCAGAUGCCGUCAGGCAGCUGGUUCAAAUACCAACAGAGAUGCCCCCUAG